AAACCAGAGACCUGCUUACAGUCCCCAAGAGGAACCUGUUCCAGUAUUGCUGGUUGCUUCCGUGAGGGGAGAUAGAGGAGAAUGGGGAAGCAGCAAAGAACUGGCUGAUGCUACAGGCCGGACCUCAGCGGAGCAAUGAGCCAAGCGGAGCUGCUCUGGGCUGCGGCCUCACUGAUGGUGCUGGGGGCCCUUGUGAGCCUGUGCGUGAAGUGUCAGCGUUCUGCUACUAAACGGGAAAAGAAGCUAUGCAAGCAGAGGAAACUGCAUGGAAACCAGCCGGCGUUUGAGGUGAUACGAUCCUAUUCAAUUGCAAUGACAAGACAAGAUCAAAUUAAAUUGCCAGACAACAUCCCAGUAACAAGGAAAAGCAGUGAGCGACUGCAGGCCACAGGUAUUGAUGGUGACAGUGCUGAGCCCAGAUAUCAAAAUUUCAUGAGAGAAGACAACCAGGAAUUGGAUGCUACCUAUGUCAACCCUAUAGCUACAGAUUACUACAACUGUGCGAAGUUCUUGAGACCACCAAAUGAAAAGGAAGAGGAUUCCUGUUCCUAUCAAAAUGUUGUGAUUGGGGCAUCCAAUAGCGCUGAGUCUGAUGACGUGGAGGACUAUGAGAAUAGCGUCUCUAUAAAGAUAUGGCAACAAUCAAAUAUAUCAGAAAGCCCAGAUGAUUAUCCAGAUUACGUUAACUCAGACGUUGCAGCUGUGCCAAACUAAAGGUACCUUCCCUACAAGCUGAAAAAAGGCUGUUGCAAAGCUGCAGAAGCUUAUGUUUCAUUUUGAAGACUGCUACACACACACAGUGGAAAGGGGGCCUUUGAUUCACAAGUGUAAUGGAAUAACCUGUUCUCCAAACCCUGCCAAAAGUAGCUAACUAACUUAAAGGACAUGGAUGCACACUGCUGAAAGUAAAUGCACUGGAUCCAGAAGUCCCACAAAAGUACAACUGGAAAAAGUAUAUGGAGAAAGCCCACCCCACUACCCCCCAACAAGUGAAUUUCAGCUGCUCGGUGCAGCAGUUACCAAGAGAAAUGCCAAUGUUUUGUUAUUCUAUCAUAUUUUCCUCCACAUCCAUUCAAGGGAGUGAUGGCUUGUCUGCUCAACAAUGUUUUCUGCUGUCAAGUGUGAAAUGAAUCUUUAAACUGCUGAGCGGCAAUGCAGUUGACAGUUUAACUUGCCAAGCUGACUCCUGUAAGGAGGUAUUAAAGCUGAUGAAUUAUAUUUCAUGUUUAGUUCCCAAUGUAGCAAAGCUCUUGGACAGACAUUGCUUCCAGCAGAGGGAUCCAAUCUUCCCAGCCAGAUGGCAAGUUUUUCAAAUAGGAGUAGUUCUGUAUAGCUAAGUAAUACACUGAAGUGCUCACAAAUGGUGAAGGAUCGAAGGCUACUACAAACAAGAUCACUGCAGCUACAGAUAAUAUUCAGAGUGCUGACAGAGAGUAUCUUGCCUUGUGCUUUUGGGAUUUAUUUUACAGCAAUCCAUAGCAGAUGAGACAGAUAACGGGGCACUGAGCUCAUCUUUACCACAUUGCCAGCCUCAGGAAUUGCACCUGCUUUUCAGAAUUGCUGUAGAGAAGGACAUCAGUGCUAGAACUCAAACCUUGCCUUUGAACCAGGCUUCAGUUCUGACAACUAAACUGUCCAUGAGCAUAGCGUUUUACCUGGCAGCAUUACAGCAUGUGCUCGUUACGGGCGAAAUGCAGCUCUGUGCAGGAAAUCAAGGAAAAGCUCACACACUACUUCAGUCUUAAGUGGUGUACAUGCUGGCCUGCUGCAUAGGGGCAAACGUCACCCAUGGUAGAGUGAGAACAUUUAGGUAAACGCCUAGUAAGGGAGUUCUUUUAGAACAGCAAGUUAUGUGUUGGAGCAACUGUCUCCUGCCAGUCCUACUUACUGCUGGCAAUGGUUCACCAAGCUCUUGUGCUCUAGCAUGAACAGGUACUCUCUAACGACAGGGAAAAGGGUUACCCAAGCAAUUUCUUCCCUUUUGGUACCAGUGACUAGAGAGAACCUUGGAUAAGGGUAAUAAGAUUCAGCUAUGAAGUGGAAGGUAUGGACAUGAAACCUUUCCUACUACAAAUUACUUCACUUACGAAAUUUUGCUCUAAGUGGAGGAGUCUGUUUGAUCUAAUCAGUAUAUGCCCAGUGAGAGUUAAGGUCAAAUUUAAGCCUCUUUACAGAUGUGGAUUUAACAUUUCAUUUGUAUUUGAGACACCUUAAUCACAGCAACAACGUGUCUGUUACUCGUGUGUCUGAAACUAGGAGGCUAAUCAAGCAUUUUGUAAUAUUGGGGAGAAAACUUAAUCGCAGCUCCCACUAAUGGGUUUAUUCCUCAAGUCUGCAUAGAGGCAGCAAGACAGGGCCUUUAAUGUAGCCCAUGUAGGAAAGAAAACUAUCUAGAACGUCCUUAACCUCUUGAAAGGGAUACACAUAGUCAGUGUCAGAACAGGACUUAAACACAAUCGGUUGGUUUUACACCUACCCAAGUUUCCUAUCAGUUUGUAGCUAGAAUCACAUUUUCUUUUUUCCAAAAUAUUCUUCUCUGCUGUGCAAAGGGCCCACACAAGUAAGGGACACCAACAGUCGACUGAGACAAUAGACUUGGGCCCAGGCCUAGUAAACCAUUAAAGCUAGGGUGACCAGAGGUCCCAUUUUUAAAGGGACAGUCCUGGUUUUGGGGGCUUUUUCUUAUAUAGGCGCCUAUUACCCCACCACGCUCUGUCCCAUUUUCUCACAGUUGCUAUCUGGUCACCCUAAUUAAAGCCCUAAUCUGAAGAUUUAUGCACUGCAUAGUCCUUGCCCUGGCUCAAUUGUUGAAAGGUGAAUUUCAUCCAAAGUGACUGAACUGAAAAGUUCUAAUCUUUGUUAUAGAAAUAUUGUGUUACUUGACAGACUAUGCAAAAUGUUUGUGACCGGUGAUGAUGGAUGUCCAAUAUGAUCGCUCUCAAAACUGCCUCAUUUUCAGAAGUGUUGUGACUCUAUAAGGGGUCUCAAAAUUUCAAUUCAGUUUUGAAAAUGUUGGUCUCAGUUGUCAGAGAAGUGCAAUUGUGUUGUGUCAGUUUACGAUUCUGAUCUAAUACUUGGAGGGAGACAUUCAAAUGCUUAAAGUUUAGCAAUAGUACAAGUUCCCUGGGCUACAGUUAAUCAAGUAACAGAACUCUGAUUAACUUGCAGGAUUUAAACAGAUGUUAGGCCAGGGCAAUACAGGAUUUCUUGUACUCUGUGCUCAGCAGGGAGAGGUGAAUAAACCAAGUAAUAUUUUAUGGAAAAUAUUUGUUGCCUAAACAGGAGUUCAAAGUUGUACAAGAUAAAUGGGGUAGGAAAGUGAUUAAAGGAGAAGAUACAGAUUCUAUUCCCCAAUCUGCCAGUGUGAGAAUGCAGGCAAAUCCCCACCUUCUGGUGGUCCUCUGUAAAGCGAGGUAAACCCUUCCUUAGUUUUGUGAAGCACUUUAAAAUAACAAGGGUACCUUUCAUUCAAGGAUCAGUGUGCUGGAACAUAUCCAGUAAAUUUUACAAAAAAUCAUAUUGAAGUGAUUGGAAUUCUACAGUGUAGCUUUUAAAACACCCCUUUGUCACCUGUGUACACAAAGAAAAGUAUCUACGAUGACAGAUUGGUCAGGUGUACAGGGACUUCAGGGUAUGUACAGUGUUGGCUACCCGUAGCAUCCAGCCUAUGUGUUCCAGCAACAACCCAGGGAGAUGGGAACUAGCUCAAAGCUGAGUACAUCUACAACCACAUCUUCAUUCAAUCUUGGGAAGUCCUGCUGGAAGCUGCUGAUGGUGGAAGAAAAUCAGGCAUUAGCUGCUACAGAAGAGGGAGUCACCCUAGAUUCUAGACGUCACUAAAAGCUGCUCUUCUCUCCUCUAUGGGAAUAGGGAAAAUGGACAGCUAGGAGAUCCCAGUGGAGGACACAAUGGGGGGGGGGGGCAAAGACCAACCCUAUAGGGCCCUGGCCACUGUGCCAGUGGAAGCCCUUGAACACCUGACUAGUCUGCAAUUGUAGUUCAUUCCCCUUGCUUCUGACUGGGCCUGUAGUAAAUGCUAUGAAAAUGAGGGCACAUUGGGCCAUUAGGGGCUGAGCAGGUUGUCUGGAAUACAUGGAAAGAGGGGAAGGAUUUGGGAAGUAGUUCAGUGCCUUUCCUAUCUUGUCUGCCUACUCUAUUCAGAUUGUUAACUCUUUAGGGCCAAGACUCUGUGUGUACAGCAUGCAGCAGGCGAGGGUUCCAACCCAGAUUCAACAGUAUUGUAAUUGUACUAGUUGUACUAAGGAGUUGCUAUAUACAUUGAGAAUCAGAAGUGCCAGUGAUGAUGUACAGUUUGAUAAAGACUUAGUGAAAUACUGUGUUAAUUAAAUAAAAUAC